AGUUUCUGAAUAAGACAAUAUUUUUGAGCUUGUGGGAGAAAUAAGAAAUAGCAACAUGUUUCUGACUGGUGUUUCUGGAGAGUUAUCCAGGUCAUCAUCUGAUGGUGUUUCAAAGUAUGAAAUAUAAUACGAUGUCAUAAAAUCACCGGAUUGAAGAGUGGGCGUUGAAGUGCAUUGAUUGGAGACCAAGGCCAUGUCCUGUGGUCCAUCCACAGAGUGUACUGUUUGCUCACCUCACACACUUGAAAGGAACUCCUAUGUUGACCAGUGACAAAAUGCAAAAUCUACGCUCACCUCUCGUGGUCCUGCUUCUUUGGUGCUGCCUCCCUGGAGGGCAAGCUAACCGCGUCUACAUCCACCCCUUUCACCUCUUUGCUGCCGAUAAUGUCAGCUGUGAGACCCUGCAGACGCAGACUGAAAAAACCCUACAGACACUUCCGAUAGCGCCCUUGGAUAUGGAGAUCCUGACUCCAGAUGCCAGAGAUCCUGUGGAGCAGGACACCCAGAAGCAGAACAUCACACAGAGGACGGCAGUGUUGGCCGAGCUGAUGAACUCGCUGGGUUUGAGGAUGUACCAGGCGCUCAGUGUGAAGCAGCAAGGUGCCAACACGCUCCUGUCGCCUGUCAACACUUACGGAUCCCUCGUCACGUUCUAUCUGGGAGCCUCCAAGAAGACUGCUAGCUUUUUUCAGCAUCUCCUGGGUCUGAGCAGCGGCACCGACAGAGACGACUGUGUGUCCCUGGUAGAUGGACACAAGGUCCUGAAAACCCUACAUAAUAUCAACUCUCUGGUGGAUGAUGGCCCCAAAAACGAGAUCAGCACCCAAGUGUGGUUGUUCACCCUCCCGCACAUUCACCUGUCAGCAGACGUCGUCCAAGGCACCCGCGACUUCUCAGACUCAUCCUUCAUCCGCGGUGUGGACUUCUCACAGCCUGAGCUGAUCAACGCUUUUGUGGAAAAGACAUCCAAUGGGAAAGUUAAGGAUGCCUUCAAAGAUUUGGACGCCAGUUCCAACCUUCUCUUUGUUACUUUAUUCAACUUCCAAGGUAACUGGAAGACAGCCUUCCAACCAGACAAGACGUCCUUGCAGGAGUUUCAUGUGGAUGAAACCACCACAGUAAUGGCUCCUCUGAUGACCCACACAGGCCUCUACCAAUAUUUCAAUGAUAAGGUGCGGAGGUGCACAGUGGUGAAAGUGUCGUUAAGUAAGCGCUCCUACAUGUUGGUGGUGCUGCCACACGAGGGUGCAAAACUAACCGACAUCGAAGUCAAACUACGCACGAAUGUCAUGUCCUCGUGGUACCACAACCUCCAGGAAGGAUUGCUGGAGUUUUCACUACCAAAGUUCUCCUUGUCCUUUGCAAAUGACCUGCGGGAGCUUUUGAGCAACAUGGAUGCAGAAGUGGAGGCCAAGCUGUUGGGCUCGGAGGCCCAAUUCAGCCAACUAGGCAACACCAACCAGUUCACUAUUGCUAAGGCCAUUAAUAAGGUGUCAUUGGAGAUGUCCGAGGACAGCACGAUGUCCGAGCAGAACAAGACGGAGGAGGCAGGAGUUCCCUUCAAGCUUUCUGUCAACCGGCCCUUCUUGUUCUUCGUGGUGGAGAGCGAGUCAAACGCCAUCCUUACGUUGGGAAAAAUCACUAACCCGACGCUGUGAAAAACUAAAUAGGAAAGAAAAACACGACCACUUGAAAUGAAGUAAUCAGUGUUAUCAUUGCUUCUUGUCAGUAUUUAUGAAAACGUUACUGUUUUUCACUUUUAAUUUGAACAUCUUUUCUGUUUUGUAACGGCAGAUUCCUGUACAGUAUUUUUCCAUUGUUAGUUUAAGUCUUGUAUAUUCUAACUAAAGAGUUUAUUUUUGUCCGUCCACAAUAAAACAUUUGCGCUUCAAUAAA